AAAAAAAAAAAAAGAGGUUUAGUUUCUAAGCCAAUUUUACAUUCUGAAAUGAACAGUAGGUGCCAAGUGGAUCUCAUUGAUUUUCAGACUCAACCUGAUGGAAAGUUUAAAUUUAUCAUGGUCUACCAAGACCACUUGACCAAGUUUAUUUUGCUUCGUGCUUUGGAAUCUAAACGAGCUGAAGAAGUAGCCUACCAUUUGAAUGAUAUAUUUUUGACAAUAGGUGUCCCGUGUAUUUUGCAGUCAGACAAUGGAAGAGAAUUCGUCAAUCGUAUUAUAUGUGAAAUGACGAGUCUUUGGCCAGAACUUAAGCUAGUGCAUGGAAAACCACGGCACAGCCAAAGUCAGGGCUCUGUCGAGAGAGCCAACCAAGACGUCGAGAACAUGAUCAGUUGUUGGCUAAAAGAUAAUCACUCGACUAAAUGGUCAGAAGGAUUGAGAUAUGUACAAUUUAUGAAAAAUAGGGCCUAUCAUUCGGGCAUAAAACAAUCGCCUUACAAAGCUAUGUUUGGAGUUGAACCCAGAGUUGGUCUUUCAACGACAUCACUACCACCAGAAAUAAUAAAGGAUAUUCAAGAUGAAGAUGACGUUCAAAAACUUAUUGAAACUGAUUUAACCCAUAGACAUACAAAUGAUCACAAUAAUUCAGGAGAUGAUAGUGAUUGUAAUGAUAUCGAAACUUCUAAAAUUGGUGAUGAUAUCCAAAAGGCAAGACAAACAGCUGCUGAAAACCUUCAGAAACAGGCAAAAAAAAUGAAAUCUGCUUCUGACAAAUCGCAUCCACCAGCUAAAGUGGGAGAUAAUGUGACUGUGCCGAUUCCUGAUGUAGACAGAGGAAGGGGCGACCUAAGAAAUGUUAUUGGCGUUGUUCUUGAAAUAAACAAUGAUGGCCUGUACAAAAUUGGAACUAAGCAUGGAAUAUUGCAGACACUCUAUUGCAGAACUGAAUUCGACAUUUGUACUCAAAAAUUUCUACAAGAAAGUGAUGUUAAUCAAGAUGUUCAAAUCUCACUAAGGACUGCAGCUACCAAACAUUCAGUUGGGACAGGACAAGGUUUUAUACGGUGCACCUGUACCAAAAAUUGUGCUACAAAUAGGUGCCAGUGUAAAANAGGAGAUAAGGAAUUAGCAGAGUUUUUAGAACAAGAAAUCAAAGCAGAAAUUAAAUCUAGGAAAUCAUCAAAACUUCCAACUAUUGAAGGUUUUGACAUAAAAACAGAUGGAGCUGAAGUGACUAUGUCCAAACAGUUUAAUAAUGAAAAAUAUUUACGAGAUAAGGAAUUAGCAGAGUUUUUAGAACAAGAAAUCAAAGCAGAAAUUAAAUCUAGGAAAUCAUCAAAACUUCCAACUAUUGAAGGUUUUGACAUAAAAACAGAUGGAGCUGAAGUGACUAUGUCCAAACAGUUUAAUAAUGAAAA